AUGGAUUACGAUUACUCACAAAAUGAAAGAGAUUUCGACCAAGGAAAUGUUCUGGCUUUCAAUGUCGAUGAGGAAGAACAUGAUUAUUAUGAAGAUUACGAAGAGAUACCUCAGCAGCAACAGCAACAACAACAACAAGAGCAACAGCCGCAGCAGCAGGGAAGGCGGGAUAAAAGACAAGAGGAAGAAACUGGAGCUGGAAAUGGUGGGAGGAUGAUUAAUCACAGUCACCAGUCCUCUUCUUCUUCUUCAGCUCCUGGAAAACUCUUUGUUGGAGGGCUUUCUUGGGAUACUACUGAAGAGACCUUCACUGAUUACUUCUGCAAGUUUGGAGAAAUCUCGGAUGCUGUGAUAAUGUUGGAUAGACUGUCAGGAAGGCCACGGGGGUUCGGGUUUGUAACCUUUGCUGACCCAGUGGUUGCCGAUAGAGUCUUGGAGCGAGACCAUAUUGUAGAUGGCAGAGCGGUGGAGGUGAAGAAGACAGUUCCAAGGGAGGAUAUGGACUUCAAAGGGAUGCGAGUUAAGAAAAUUUUUGUAGGUGGACUACCUCCUUCUUUAACCGAAGAUGAGUUAAAGGAGUAUUUCUCGUUCUACGGGGGCAUCACCGAGUAUCAGAUCAUGUUGGAUCAUAAAACUGGACGUUCAAGGGGAUUUGGGUUUGUCACCUUUGACAGUGAAGAUUCAGUCGAACGGAUCUUUUCAGAGGGUAGGAACCACGAGCUUGGAGGGAAAGAGGUGGAGAUAAAGAAGGCUGAACCUAGAAGAUUCGGUGGUGGUGAUUAUGGCAGCGGCCCAAAGUCUUAUGGUGGAGGAUUCAACAAUGAGGCAAGUGGAUAUGGGCCCGUUCAUGGUUCUGGAAGUCGGAACAGUGGGAAAAUGGGCAGAGGAGCAUAUGGCGGUGGUGGUGGUGGUGGUGGCUAUGGCGGUUAUUCCGUAUUCAAUGGUUUUGGAGCCGGUUAUGGAGCAGGCUAUCCAGGGAGUGCCGCCGGGUUCUAUGGUGCAUAUGGUGGAUAUGGCUAUGGAUUUGGGCUGAACAACUUUAUGAUGUAUGGUAAUGGCAUGUAUGGAGGUGGUGGCGGCGGUGGCGGUUCAGCCUUCCCAUAUGGUGCGGCAGCUGGCUAUGGUGUGGGGAAAGGGUACGAACGAACUGGCGACGGAGGUAGAGGAUAUGGCAGUAGUGGUGGUAGUAGUGGAUAUGGCAGUGGGAAGGCAUAUGGAGGCAGCGCUGGAGGUUCUGUGGCAGGAGGAAGACACCACCCUUAUAGGAAGUGA